CCUGAAGGAGAGAGAGCCUGGGAACAAGGUUGAAAUUGGCUUGUCUUCGUCUGUCGGCGAUAGAUUUGGAGCAUCCUGAUCUGGGACGAUUGGAGUUAAAGACGUAAUAGAUGUAGAGUCAGUGUAUAGGCAUUGAUUUUCUUAAUUAAAAGGGCAUUUUGUGAAACAUAGAACUCACGUACGAUCAGACAGUCUGUGGCUAUCCUACUAUUGGUGCGAACACGCGAGGGUUGGCCAGGUAGAUGACCGAGAUGACUCAAACACAUGAAGAUUUAGUCCGUAAAGAUCUUAACGAAUAUUCUCCUGCCUCCAACUUGCUACUGAACGAGAGGGUGAAAGAACUUAUGGCUGCUGGCAAAAUAGUGUAUCACCUUGCGUUUGGUCAAUCUCCGUUCCCGGUCAUGGAGUCAGCUGUUUCGACCCUUGUCCAGAACGCCGGAAAAAAUGCUUACCUGCCUGUGGCUGGAAUUCCAGAGCUGAGAAAAUCGAUCUCUGAAUUUCACCGAGAGUUUGAUGGCGUUGAUGUUAAAUCAGAAAACAUUAUUGUUGGACCAGGCUCCAAAGAGCUGAUCUUUCUUCUUCUCAGCGUGUUCAAUGGCGACGUGUUUGUUUUGUCUCCCACGUGGACCACCUUCAAACCACAGGCUCGGCUUGCACAUCAUGAUGCCAUCGUUAUAACAACCGAGUACCGGCAUGAUUGGCGAGUAACUCCUGACAUUCUGGAUCGAGUUCUUGGCCAAUCGUCUGCAAAAAACAAGAUGAUCAUCUUGGUAAACCCAGACAAUCCUACUGGUACUGUGUACACUGAAGAACAUUGGAAAGAACUGGUCGACAUGCUCAGAAAACACAAUGCCAUUGUAUUGUCGGAUGAGAUUUACGGACGCUUGCAGUUCUCAGGAAACCACUGCUCAUUGGCCAAGUUUUACCCCGAGAACACCAUACUCAGUUCAGGUUUAUCCAAAUGGGCUAGUGCUGGAGGGUGGCGGUUAGGUUACCAUAUCUACCCGUCAGAAUUAAGGCCUUUGCUAGAUGCUGUCAAAAGUGCUGCAAGCCACACCUACUCAUGCGCAGCUGCACCCAUGCAGUAUGCCGCUUUGACCUACCUGAGUCUAUCCGAAGAAUCAAAAGCAUACAUGUCCCACCUGCGUCGCAUCUUGGCAGCUGUAGCGGACUACAGUUAUCGGCACCUUACAGAGGUUGGGGUGAAGGCUGUGAAACCACAGGGAGGAUUUUACAUGUUCCCAGAUUUUGAAGUGAUUAGGUGUGCUCUGGCUAAUCGUGGUAUAAUCACUGCCCAGCAGAUGUGUGAUGCAAUCUUUGAAGAGGUAUCAGUUGCUCUCAUGCCUGGGGGUCCUGCAUUUCUUAGACCAGUGCAAGAGCUCACUGUGCGAUUGUGUUUUGUCAAUUUUGAUGGCAGCAUUGCCUUGAAGGCCAGUGAAGCGAUUGGUCUUGAUAAGCCACUUCCUGAUGGCUUUGUUGAGAAACACUGUUCAUUGACGGCAGGUGGAAUUCAGGCUUUGAAACAGUGGACACUUGAUCAAAAGGCCAGUGUUUCUCUUACUUAAUGGACUUCUCCAGUGGAGAGCAAUAGUUUGUUACUCUAUCAAACUUAUUUAGACUGGGAGGUGGGGGCUUGUGAGGCACUCACAAACUUUGAUUGUACUUCUAGCUUUCUGUUUGGCUCACAAACUCUGGUUAGCUACUAAGAACCAGAGUUUACUCCUAUAUGCAAAAUAGAUGAGUGAUGAGUUUACAGCUUUGUGGGAACAAGAAAUUCUUCCAAAAGCAGGCUAAAAUCAUUAAUCUGUUAAAUCCAUGCAAUCUAAAUCAAUAGUGCAAGCAUGUUCCAGAACUUGAUGACUGCAGACCAACGCUCCAUACAAAAUCAAUCUGUGAAAAAGCUAUCUCCUCUAAGCAGAUUUUUUCCACUUGCUGUAAGCAACAGAAAUCUUAGAUAAAAUGAACUCAAUACAGAGUCAUCAUUUAGGGCAAAUAUAGCUGCUUUUCUAAAGCAACAAAACAGGUUUCUAUAAUAGAGAGUUUAAGCAUGACAUUUAUGGCAGACGGCAAACAGCAAAUAUUACCUCUGAUUUUUUAUUCUUUUCUUCUAAUCCUUAAAUAAAUCUCAUAAACAUAGAAAAAUGUCUCCUACUAUUC